AUGAUUCCAAUCAAUGAAACUAUUGAGAUCAUUUGUCAGCAGUCCGAUCUUCUCCCACUCCCAGAAUCGGAAUUCAAACGCCUACUGCUUAUGUGUACCAUGGAUGUGCAAUUCCAAUUUGACAACACGUUUUACCGCCAAAUAGAUGGUGUAGCUAUGGGCAGUCCACUUAGCCCUGUUCUAGCAGAUAUUUUCAUGUCAAAUCUUGAAAGAACAAAGUUGAAACAUGCAGUCGACGAAACAUCUUCCUACUGUCGUUCUGUUGAUGACACAUUUAUAGUGUGUAAAAAUGAAAGUCAUGCUUUACACUUACUAAGAUUAUUCAAUGGUGCACACGCCAAUAUUGAGUUCACUAUGGAACAUGAAAGUGACGGAAAGUUUCACUUCCUCGACAUCGCCAUGGAACGCCUAGAAGACGGUGGUCUUCAAAAGUCAAUUUAUCGAAAGCCCACAUGGAAAGGACAAUACUUGCAUUUUAAUAGCUUUUGUCCGAAUAGCUUUAAACGUGGUCUAGUCAAAACUUUGUACUAUAGAGCGAGGAGAAUAUGCUCUAUAGAGAAACCAGAGGAGGAGUUUGAGUUCCUUGAAAAGAUAUUGAAGAGAAAUGGGUAUCCUCAAAAGUUCAUCAACAAGUACGGAAGAUCUGAAGUUACAAAUGUAAAACAAAUCACAAUAGAAAAAAACCACUCUACGUCCAGCUUGAUUAUAAAGCUGAAAACAUUGCAGCGAUGA